UGUCGACUUUUUGAUCGCUAGUACACAUCUUUCUUUUUUCAUCGUCGAAUUGUUAAAAAUCUUAAAAUCAAAAUCGUAAUAUAGCAAUUUUGCACUGGCAAAAAGUGGAUUUAGAAUUGAAAAAUGGAUAUUCAUUCCAUUUGUCGUAUUUGUUUAGAGUAUUUGGAGAAUGGGACUGCUUAUGAUUUGUUUUUGAUACCUGGAUUGGCAAAAAAACUUUGUAUGUGUACGUCAUUGGCGGUGGAGCAGCAGGAUGGGUUUCCCAAAAAUAUUUGUGGCGUUUGUUAUACCCGCCUUAAUGAUAUGGCGGAAUUCCAAAAAUUAUGCGCUGAUUCUGUGCAAAGAUUUCAAGAGCUUUUGGCUAGCCACACGGUCAACUGUCCACCUCCACCCCCAACCGCUUUCGAUGUUAUGGAAGCCCCCUCUACGGAGCCUAUUGAAGGAGUACAAGUCGGAUUGCCGGACGAUGAUGAUGACAAUUUAGAUUUUGACCCUUUGUUGACCAAUCAUAAAAUGGAGAUGAUCGAAAAUGAAGAGGACGUUUUACAGAUGCUAGAAAGUGUGGAUAAAGAAGAACCAGAGGAGAUUGAAACUAAAGUGGAGCAGAUCGAAAGCAACGAUAUAGAAAGUGAAGAAUCCAGUGAUGAUGGCAAAGAGAGCGAUGUUGAUUUUCAACUACCUGACGGGAAUGAUGAUGAUGAUGAUGAAGAGGAAAGUGAGAGCGAUGAUGAUAAACCAUUAAUGUCAAGGCUGCGUAAUAUUAAAAAAGAAUACAAAGAAGAAAACGCUGAUGAGAAUCAUAUGAAAGAUCCCAAAAUAAAGCCGAAACGAAAGCGUAUACCAGCGGCAGAGCGUCAUCUUCAUCGAAUAAUUGACUGCCAUAUCUGCCACCAGAAGUUUAAGAAGACCAAGAACUAUCAGGAGCACAUGAAGUUUCACAAUGAUAAGUUGCCAUUUCAGUGUGAAGUGGAGAAUUGUAAAAGGGGAUUCACAACGGCAUAUGGCCUACGUCUCCAUGUGGAGCAUUGUCAUGACGAAACCGUAGAUAAGAUGCCAUGUACCCAAGAAGGUUGUGACAUGACUUUUACUCGUCGUCGUAUAUUAAAUUGGCAUUUGAAACGGGUUCAUAAAAUUGCUAAAGAGGAUGUCCCAAAAUCGUAUCCUUGCAAUGAAUGUGAAAAGGUAUUUAAAUGUCCGAUGGCUUUGAAGAAACAUAUGUUUAAGCAUACCGGCCAAGAGCUCCCAUUCCCUUGCAACAUUUGUGGAAAACGUUUUGUGAUAAACAGUGCUCUUAAAGACCAUCUUAUGCGUCAUGCUGGAAUAAAGAACUACGUAUGUCCUUAUUGCGGUGUAGGAAAGACUACUCGCCAAGAGUGGAAUACGCAUAUAGCUACCCAUAAUACAGAGAAAAAGUUUAAAUGCCAUUUAUGUCCACAUGCAUCGCACAACAAACAAAAUUUACGCAUGCAUGUACGUGUAGUUCACGAGAAGAUAAAAGAUUAUGCUUGCCAAUACUGUGGUAAAACCUUCGGUAAAUCUAACGCUUGUAAAAUGCAUGAAAUGACACACACGGGCGAAAAGAGAUGCGAAUGCAAGGUUUGUGGAAAAAGGUUCCUUUAUCCAAAAGGAUUAACAAAACAUCUUAAGACACAUGAAAAGCGUGUACUAAGAGCUAUAGAAGUGUACCGAAAGAGACAAGUUGAAUUAGGCGAGGGCGUUGUAGAGCAAUCAGAGCCUAUCCCUGAAUUGCCAAAUCCAGAAAACACUCAUGAAUCGCACCAAAAAGUGGCCGAUGAAAUACUUAAAGUGUGUGCCGACUCUGUCAACGCCAUUCCAAAAGAUCCAAGACGCGUGGAGCGCGUGGAUAUAGCUGACUUAGCCGGCACCGCGGUAAACCCAAUACCCUCGGUGGCUUUGCCGUCAUGGUCGCCGCAAAUUAACUUUAUGAUGAAGGAAGGUAAAUAUACAUGUCCUGAUUGUGGACAAGGUUUUAAUGGCUCUGGAAAUCUACGAAGACAUCACAAAAUUGUGCAUCAAGGGGUUAAAGAUUUCGCAUGCAGAUUUUGUCACAAACGUUUUGCUAAAGCUCAAACCUUAAAGCACCAUGAAAUGACUCAUACAGGUGAAAAACCACAUGGUUGCCCGCAUUGCGAUAUGCGUUUUAUACAAGUGGUUGCUUUGAAGCGCCAUAUGAAGGUACAUCAAGAACGUGCAACAUUUGUACCUUCUACUGUGUAUCAAGCUAAGGAAGAACUGGCUAUACAAGAACGUAAUAAAUACCAAGCGAAACGCAUGGCCGAAGAGGAGCGCGAAGCUAUUGCGGAGGAAGCACGCAAACAACUGGAGGAAUUGAGAAGACAAGAAGAGGACUUGCAACGUCGGCAAAGGGAGGCAUUGGCUAACGUUCCAAUGGCUAUUCCUAAGGAGCGGUUGCCUCCAGGGUCGGACAUUUCAAUAGCCACAAAUCUGUUGCCAACAGAUUUCCCAGGCUCUGGAAACAACAACGACGAAACUUCUGCUGUAGUCGCAGAUGCCGACAAUUUGAAGCAAGAAAAUGAAGAUGAUAUUAAAUAUCCCGAUCCAAUGGAAAAUUUUUAAAUGGAAUCUAAUGAAAGUAAACUUAAUAUACCGAGUGCUUAUACAAAAGCGACGCAUUUUACUUUGUCUUUAUUAAAUGUCCCUAAACUCUGUAACGUUCUUUAUUAUUUUGUCUGUAAUUGGGUUAUUUUUAAUGAAACUUAUGGUAUGUGUUUUAUAGCCAUAGCCCAGAAACCGUAGCAUAUAAAUGUUACAAACUUGUUUAUACAUUUUCAGUUUAAAUUUAAGAUUGUCGUACAUUUUUAUAAUGUAUUAAUAAAACAAAAUGCACUAUCGCAUUAAUAUAGUAA